UUAACACACCCGUCCAGCAAACCACAUGUGUGUGUUUUUUUUAAUUGCAGGCAGCCGCCACACUGUGUGCCAGAGACGUACACCAACGCCACAUCCUGGUACAAGGUCUUCACCACGGUCCGUGACUCGGACACCAAAUACAGUCAGGACUACAACCCGUUCUGGUGUUACAAAGGAGCCAUCGGCAAGGUGUACCAUGCGCUCAACCCAAAGCUUACUGUCAUCGUGCCAGACGACGACCGUUCUCUCAUCAACCUGCAUCUGAUGCACACAAGCUACUUCCUGUUUGUCAUGGUCAUCACGAUGUUCUGCUACGCAGUCAUCAAAGGGCGCCCAGGCAAAGUACGACAAACCAACCCCGACUUCUGCCCAGAGAAGGUGGCGCUGUCAGAGAGUUAAAAUGACGUCGGAGCGUUACGUCAGAACGUAACAGAAACACGGACAAACUCAAAGAAAAACGGAAGGAAUAAAAAUAAACAUACCAGUUGCCUAGUGAACCUUGGACUUUGGUACAAUAAAGGGACUCAAAAGCUCUGUGAAUGCAUUACUCUUGCAAUGUUGGGUUUCUCCAACCAAAGAUAUACAAGUGCCUGUAUGUGUGGUGUAAAUAUUUGUAGGAACUCUUAAUAUUCUGUGCAAGACCUGUUUGUUAUUUUCUUUUCUUUACUCUUCAUUGUUUUCAUUUUGGUUUAUUGUUAUUAUUUUGCCUGAAAUCCCUUGUGCCAUGUCGGAACAUGCAGUACGUAAACAAAGCAGAUUCAUCGGCAUUUAUCUCGUAGCCAGUUUUUUUUUUCUUUCUUUGAAUCAAAACAAGAAGAAGGAAAAAAAAGGUUAGGGUUUUGCACAUUCUCAUGACCUUUAUCGCAGAUUUAGGGUGUGAUUAUUGUUUUUUUUUUAGUUUACAAAUGAGAUUUCCGAAGUAUUUUUGACCUCCCAUGAUGUUUGAAGUUGUUUCCAAAAAUGUCCAGAAUGUUGGAUUUGGACCUUCGCUUUGUGGAAGAUUGUCGUGUUCGCAACAAAUGUUCGGAAAGGGGGCGGAGCUUGUUUCUAGCAUGCAGCACUCACCCGCUACCUCACGAUGAAUGAAAUCCAGAAGGAGCUGGCAGAACGUUCUUUAAAGAACUGCAUCUUCCUUUUUCCAGCAGCCAUUUAGUCUCUUUUUCUUCAAGCAAGAUCGAUUUAUUUCUUUUAAAAAGUUUGGAUUUCAACACUCAUCGCAAAUACUAGUUUUUUCCUGUAAAUGUUUGUUUACAGACUUGAUUUUCCACGAUCAAUGAGCACGACUUUUAGUCUGAAAACUUUGGUUCAGACAUUCUCUGGAGUUUGCCGAUCAUUUAUGACGAGUGUAGUAGUGUAGAGUUUGCAACAACAGGCAAGAAUUUAAUUAGUUUCAAUUGAAUUACAGCUACUGCAUCGUGUUUAUAUGUUACAUGUCAUGUCAUUUAGCAGACGCUCAACUGACGCUGUUCAGUCCGUUCUCAGCCCGGGCUAAAAAAUAUAAUGAAAAUAAUAGAUGCUUCCUGUGCGCUGAAGAAUACAACAACAGGGAUUAAAAACAUUGCGAAAUUAAGGAUAUGAGGAGACCGAUUUUACCCCCAUGACUGCUUGAAAACUAGAAAAAGGACGGUCGUCCAACUGAACGUCAAAAUCUAGCUGCGAAACCGCCAACCUGAAAGAGGGGAGUUUCGCCCCCUUGUGAAUUACAAUAAAUGUUUCCCCUCGACUUAGAAACUGGAAAAAAAAGAACCACAGUCCAACUGAGCAUCAAAAUGUAGCUCAGAGACGUCUGAUAGAAAUUGGCUCCAGACGUUCUCCAUAGUUUGCGUAGUGCAGACAAAUGUCUUGAGCGACUUUAGUGGAUUUUUUUUGCGUUUUACAUCCAGCCCUUUUUGGACAAUCUCUGAAAAUUCUUAAACACCUGCUCGAGGAUGAGAUGCUUUUGUUAAAUCUUUAGUUUGGGCAUUUUUGAGCUUUUUGAGGGAGGAGAAUGAAUGUCGCGAGUAUUUAGCGGUCUUUUUUUUUCAUGUCAGUAGCAGCAAAUUAAGCUGCGUAGUAACCUGUGGUUUGUGUUGAUCAUUUGUUUUCAGUGUUGUUGUCACUCUUAAAGUAUGAUUUUCUGCAACACUUGCAAAUCUAGUUCCAGUUUCUCGACUUCCACGUUCAAUAACAGUCUCUUUUUUUGUUGCACCAAAAUACGAUCUUGCCUUACCGACUGUACGACGUGAUUUACUUCCACAGCCGUCCUUUUCUUUUCGUUCUUGUUAUUCCACUUCUGAUGAGCCUGUGGUUUUGAACUUUUCUUCUGUUUGGUUGUAAAUAUCACAUGGCCCUUUUUUUUUUCUGUUAAUUUUUGCUCUGCUUUGAAAUGACUUGUGCUUUUUAUUUUUAAGCAGCUCAAUACCAGUUGCACGUUUUCCAAGUGUUGGCAAAGUUUGUGCACCUUCAGAUUUCUUGCACAUUUUGUUAAUUAAUUAAAAU